CCGAGGCGGGGCGGUCCCAGGGUGGUUCCGGGGCGAUGUGAGGCGGUCCCGGGGCAAUGCGGGGCGGUCCUGGGCCGGUCCCGGGGCGAUGCGGGGCGGUUCCGGGGCGGUCUCGUGUCCGCCCUUAUAGCGGCGGCGGCGGCGGUUCCCGGGGCGGCGCGGCCGCCAUGGACCUGCACAUCCUGGAGCACCGGGUGCGGGUGCUGAGCCUGGCCCGCCGUGGGCUCUGGCUCUACACCCACUCGCUGCUCAAGCUGCUCUUCCUGCCCCAGCGCUGCCGAUGCAAGUUCUUCAGCCUGACGGAGACCCCCGAGGACUACACGGUCAUGCUGGACGAGGAGGGCUUCAAAGAGCUGCCACCCUCCGAGUUCAUGCAGGUGGCAGAUUCCACGUGGCUGGUGCUCAGCGUCGUCUCCAACGGGCGGGAGCCCCCCGGCUGCCAGGCCACCGGUGUCACCAAGAUCGCGCGCUCGGUCAUUGCGCCGCUGGCCGAGCACCACGUCUCGGUGCUGAUGCUCUCCACGUACCAGACCGACUUCAUCCUGGUGCGGGAGCGGGACCUGCCCGUGGUGAUCCACACGCUGGCCGGGGAGUUCGACAUCUACAGGGAGGAGAGUGGCGAGUGUGUCCCCAUCACCUGCGAUGACGUGAGCAACGGCUUCCUCAAGCCCAAGCCACCUGCCAGCCCCACGCUGCACCCGGUGCAGAGCCCCCAGACGCGCUUCUGUGUCCUGACGGUGGCCCCCGACACGCUGCCCGCCAUCGCCACCAUGCUCAUCGACGUCCUCUUCUACUCCCACAGCAGCCCCCCCUGGGAUGCAGCCACCGGCAGCCAGGACCUCGACUCCAUCACCUUCUUCUCCUUCUCCCUCAUCGAGGGCUACAUCUCCAUCGUGAUGGAUGCCGAGACCCAGAAGCGCUUCCCCAGUGACCUCCUGCUGACCAGCUCGACGGGGGAGCUGUGGCGGAUGGUGCGCAUCGGGGGGCAGCCCCUCGGCUUCGACGAGUGUGGCAUCGUGGCGCAGAUCGCGGAGCCGCUGGCGGCCGCCGACAUCUCAGCCUAUUACAUCAGCACCUUCAACUUCGAUCACGCCUUGGUCCCCGAGGAGGGCAUUGCUGAGGUGAUCCAGAUGCUGCAGCAGCGGCAGGAGGGCGGCAGAUAGCGGCUGUCCCCGGAAUGACUGUCCCAGCGCGGUGUCCCCCUGCUCCCCACCCCUGUUCAGUAAUUGUUCGUUUUAAUGAUCCCCCGGCACAGGACAGAGCGGGCACAGCAUCGCUCCCUCUCUGCUGGGGAUGUGGUGGCUUUGGGGACGUGGUGGCCCUGUGGCAGUGAGCACUGGCCCCCAGGAGAGGGGUCAGUCCCUGGGUGCCAUCCUCUCCCUCUAGCCUGGCCUCUGUGGGGUGGGUGGCCCAGGGAGAGUGGCUGUGUCCAGGUGGAGGGGACAUGGUGGGGACAUGCCAAAGAGCAGUGAUGUGCCACCAUGGUGCUAUAGGGGACAGCCUGGGGCUGAUGGGAUGUGUCCCCUUGGGAAGGGAGCAGUGGCCACGAUGCUCAGGAACACCCCUGGACUAGCCCCGUGGAGGGGAGAGCAUUCCUGGAGCUGGGGUUCCCCUGGCACCCCAAAAAUCUCCAAGGGGGCAGUGGAGGGGCUUUGGUUCAAUGCCAGCCCUGGCUGUCACCUGUCAUGGAGGAGUGACAGUGACACCCAGCGCCUCACAAGUUGUAUUUUCACAUAGUUUUUGAUAAGUCAAUAAAAUUCUUAUUGUUUUUA